CUGGCCCACAAGGAGAACACUACGGACGAGCGAGGAGAAUGAUCGAGAAGGCCCAGCAGCUGGGAGGGAGCGAGGAGUUCUGGUACAAGUCCACCGUGACCCUGGCUGAGGCCAUUCUGUCUUCAGAAGACACGGGGAAAGAAGUCUCGCCCCUGGGCCGGCCUCUGGCCCCUGGCAGUGCUCUGGCCCCUGGCAGUGUUCUGGCCCCUGGCAGUGUUCUGGCCCCUGGGCUGGAUGCUGGCCCCUGGCAGUGUUCUGUUCUGGCAGUGUUCUGGCCCCUGGCAGUGUUCUGGCCCCUGGGCUGGGGACUGGCCCCUGGCAGUGUUCUGGCCCCUGGCAGUUGGGCUCUGGCCCCUGGCAGUGUUCUGGCCCCUGGCAGUGUUCUGUGUUCUGUUCUGGCCCCUGGCAGUGUUCUGGCCUCUGGCAGUGUUCUGGCCCCUGGCAGUGUUCUGGCCCCUGGGCCGGCCCUGGCCCCUGACAGUGUUCUGGCCCCUGGCAGUGUUCUGGCCCCUGGCAGUGUUCUGGCCCCUGGCAGUGUUCUGUUCUGUCCCCUGGGCCGGCCGCUGUCCCCUGGCAGUGUUCUGUUCUGUCCCCUGGGCUGGGACUGUCCCCUGGGCCGGCCUCUGGCCCCUGGCAGUGUCUGUUCUGGCCCUGGAAAG